CGCGUGUCGAAGGUCACGGCGCCCACAAUGGAGCUGUCGCCGUACGCGCAGGGUGGGUGGCGGCUGCUGGGCGACCCCCGCCGCUUCCCCCGGCGCCCGUACACCGCUCUGCUCCGCGCCGCUUUCCGCAGCCUCCUCGAUCACCCCCGGGCCGAGCUGGACGAUCCAGACCUGAGAGAUAUUGACCCUGCGGUAUUAAAGCAUUGCCAUGCUGCGGCUGCAAUGUGUAUUCUGGAGGCAGGAAAGCAGAAAGCCGACCUAGCUGCUAUAAGCACAUGUCUAGAAGACUGCAAACUGGAUAAAGAGAAAAUAGAACAAUUUUGCACCGAAUAUCAGAAAAACAAGGAUGCGUUGGAAAUCCUGCUGGGGAGCAUAGGUAGAUCUCCUCUUCACAUAACUGAUGUGUCUUGGCGCUUGGAAUACCAGAUUAAGAGUAAUCAACUUCAUAAAACUUACCAGCCUUCCUACUUGGUGACCUUAAACGUAGAGAACAGUGAUUCGGGAUCACACCCAGAUGUUAGUUUUAGUUGCACGAUGGAGCAAUUACAGGAUUUAGUUGGAAAACUAAAAGAUGCUGCAAAAAGUCUAGAAAGAGCGACUCAAAUGUGAUUGAAGGAAGGUGUCAGCCUGCUGAGCUGAAGUACUCUCAUGCCUAAGAGUGUCUUCUAAAUGACAAAUGUCUUUCAUCUCUUGAUGCAAACUGGGGUUUUUUUGUGGGGUUUUUUUGUUUGUUUGUUUGUUUGUUUUUCCCCCAACCACUUGAAUGUAAAUUAAGUGAAAUAGCAGUUUUCUAUAACCCUUUCUAUCCCUAGCAUGUAUCAAUUUUUUAAUUAUUAUUAUUAUUAACUCUUGUUAAAUACUUGAUUGUUGGUUGUGUCUUCAAAGCAUUCCUUCUAUUACAUUUCGUCUAUUUUUAUAAUAAUCGCUGAUUAUUUUUUUCUGGAAUCUAAUAAAGUUUAUUCACUCUUG